UGUGCCUGUAUGUGUGUGUGCCUUUCUGUCUGUGUGUGUGUGUGUGUGUGUGUGUGUGUGUGUGUGUGUGUGUGUGUGUGUGUGUGUGUGUGUGUGUGUGUGUGUGUGUGUGUGUGUGUGUGUAGGGGGGGGGAACCGACGUUUCCACGAUUCGUGUGAAACAGGGAUGGACUGUUUUCUGCUCGGGUUUGAGAUCGGGGGAACUGCUUUGCUGUGCUUUCUAUGGUGGUGGAGGGGUGGAGUUCAUGCGGUUUGGUGUGUUUGGUGGCUGGAAGGGGUUGGGGGAAGAAGGGGUUCGUCACACAGCCUUGUUCUGGUGGCGUGGCGUCUAGUAUGAGUGCGCUCGUUGGGAAGUGAUUCACACAACGGCCCGACAUAAUGAGACUUCAGUGAGGGGACAUUGUCGUAAACUUUUAAUCUCUCCUUCUCUCUCUUCAUCUCCCCCCCCCCCCCUCUCUCUCUCUCUCUCUCUCUCUCUCUCUCGCUCUCUCUCUCUCUCUCUCUCUCUCUCUCUCUCUCUCUCUCUCUCUCUCUCUCUCUCUCUCUCUUUCUCUCUCUCUUCAUCCCCCCCCCCCCCCUCUCUCUCUCUCUCUCUCUCUCUCUCUCUCUCUCUCUCUCUCUCUCUCUCUCUCUCGCUCUCUCUCUCUCUCUCUCUCCCCCCCCCCCCCCCCCCCUCUCUCUCUCUCUCUCUCUCUCUCUCUCUCUUCUCCCUCUCCUCCACCAGGCUCUCCGGUCCCCUACUCUCCCCAGGAAUGAAGGCGACAGGGACCCAGUCUCCGACGGCGCUGGACAAGCAGAGCAUCCACCCCCAGCACAAACCCUACUCCAGCUACCCCCACCCACCCUGUGCCAACGACGACUACCAGGGCAGCUUCCAGAGUUGCUUCCAUUUUGGAGACGCGUACAGGAUGGAGCAGGCGGUCGUCGGCGGCCACGUCCUGGCCGACUCUCACAACUACCCUUCCCAUCAGCCCAAUGGCUUUCACAUGUCCUCCAGCAACACCACCACGGGUUGCUCUGCAGGCUUCGGGCUGACCCAGGGCCUCCAGGGUUCCGCCGGGUGCCAGUUCUCCUCCAGCCCAGAGGAGAGCAUCUUCUUCCAAGUGGGCAGCUUCGACCGGAGCCUAAGCCACAUGUCCUCCUCGGUGUACACGGAGACAUGAGAGAGGGGCCGACCUGGCACUCCCGGCACGGAGUGCCGCACUCCCUCCAGGAUGCCUCUUAACACGCAAUACUUGUCUUAAUGCACUAGUCCCUGUCGUCUCUUCUUUGUUCCCUUCCAAACAUGAGUCAAUGGGUUGCUCCCAAAAGCCUUUUGCUUUGGCCUUUUUCGGUAUAGCGUACAAACGUUCUAGCCGGGUUUGAGACAAUAACAUCAAUGCCGUGACACUAAAUUGCCUCCAUGCAAACAAUCUCGAUCUGGUGCUUUCACUAGAUUAGAUCAAAUGUUUUUUUAUGAAAUGUUCCGAUAUUAUGUGAUGAGUAAUCCAGUUCAUGUUGAUUGUUCCUGUUUGCAAUGGACUGUUAUCUCAAUGAUGUUUAUAAGUAUUGGCGGUCCAAAGCUCUAUUGUCAUGUAGCAUUUUCCUCUUUUUGCUUUAUGUAUCGAGUUGCAACACAAUGAGAAAAAAUAGGGACGGAUUUAACGACAUCCACUCCCUCCCUUUCUCGCUCAAUAUCGUUCAAUCAUUUCAAGGCUGAUGUGUAGAAAGAAAUCUAUAUUUUUGCUGUGUUGUUUUAUCAGUGUAAAAUAAGUGGUUUGCCGUUAAAUUUGUUUUGUUUAGUUAUCUGGAUAUGUAAUGUAAUGUCUGGAGGAGAAUAUGGGUUAAUCAAUUAUAUGUUGCAUUAAACCUUAAACCCAAUCUAUUUUAUCAUGUGUACAAAAUGUACAGUUUGUUUAAAAUGUUUUGAAUGUUUGUCAUUUCCCAAUGAAUUAAUUAAUAAAUGUAUAAUUAUGCAAAAUGUCUCCCUUUAUUUAAAUCUGUGACACAUUGUAUGAAAGCAUAAUAAUAAAGCCAUAUCUCGAAA